CGGAGCCGCGGCUGCGCGGCGCUGACGUGGAGGGAGCCGAAGGGCAGCAGGGAGUGGUGGGGCUCGGGUCGUCACCUCGCAGCCGCGGGCCUCCAAGAUGCUAACCAAAUUCGAGACCAAGAGCGCGCGGGUCAAAGGGCUCAGUUUUCACCCCAAAAGACCCUGGAUCCUGACCAGUUUACACAAUGGGGUCAUCCAGUUAUGGGACUAUCGGAUGUGUACCCUUAUUGACAAGUUUGAUGAACAUGAUGGUCCCGUGCGAGGCAUUGACUUCCACAAGCAGCAGCCGCUGUUUGUCUCUGGAGGAGACGACUACAAGAUCAAGGUGUGGAAUUACAAGCUUCGGCGCUGCCUCUUCACGUUGCUGGGGCAUCUCGACUACAUCCGCACCACGUUUUUCCAUCACGAAUAUCCUUGGAUUCUGAGCGCCUCAGAUGAUCAGACCAUCCGAGUGUGGAACUGGCAGUCUAGAACCUGUGUCUGCGUGCUGACAGGGCACAACCACUACGUGAUGUGCGCUCAGUUCCACCCCUCGGAGGACCUGGUUGUGUCGGCCAGCCUGGACCAGACUGUGCGUGUUUGGGAUAUUUCUGGUCUGAGGAAAAAGAACUUGUCCCCUGGCGCGGUGGAGUCGGACGUGAGAGGGAUCACCGGGGUUGACCUGUUCGGAACUACGGACGCGGUGGUGAAGCACGUGCUGGAGGGUCAUGACCGCGGAGUUAACUGGGCUGCCUUCCACCCCACCAUGCCCCUCAUUGUGUCUGGGGCAGAUGACCGUCAAGUGAAGAUCUGGCGCAUGAAUGAGUCCAAGGCCUGGGAGGUCGACACCUGCCGCGGGCAUUACAACAACGUGUCCUGUGCCGUCUUCCACCCUCGCCAAGAGCUGAUUCUCAGCAACUCCGAGGACAAGAGCAUCCGAGUCUGGGAUAUGUCCAAGAGGACUGGGGUUCAGACCUUCCGCAGGGACCACGAUCGUUUCUGGGUCCUAGCCGCCCACCCCAACCUCAACCUCUUUGCAGCAGGCCAUGAUGGUGGCAUGAUUGUGUUUAAACUGGAGCGGGAGCGGCCAGCCUAUGCUGUUCACGGCAACAUGCUACAUUAUGUCAAGGACCGAUUCUUACGUCAGUUGGACUUCAACAGCUCCAAAGACGUGGCAGUGAUGCAGCUGCGGAGCGGCUCCAAGUUUCCAGUGUUCAGUAUGUCGUACAACCCAGCGGAAAAUGCGGUGCUGUUGUGUACGAGAGCCAGCAACUUGGAGAAUAGUACCUAUGACCUGUACACCAUCCCCAAGGAUGCGGACUCCCAGAACCCCGACGCUCCUGAAGGGAAACGAUCCUCAGGCCUGACAGCAGUUUGGGUUGCUCGAAAUCGGUUUGCUGUGCUGGAUCGGAUGCAUUCGCUUCUGAUCAAGAAUCUGAAGAAUGAGAUCACCAAAAAGGUACAAGUGCCCAACUGCGAUGAGAUCUUUUAUGCUGGCACAGGCAACCUCCUGCUUCGGGACGCAGAAUCCAUCACGCUCUUCGACGUGCAGCAGAAGCGGACUCUGGCCUCUGUGAAGAUUUCCAAGGUGAAAUAUGUUAUCUGGUCAGCAGACAUGUCACAUGUAGCACUACUGGCCAAACACGAGCACUCAUGCCCUUUGCCUCUUACAGCCAUUGUGAUCUGUAACCGCAAACUGGAGGCUCUGUGUAACAUUCACGAGAACAUUCGCGUCAAGAGUGGGGCCUGGGAUGAGAGCGGGGUGUUUAUCUAUACCACAAGCAACCACAUCAAAUACGCCGUCACCGCCGGGGACCACGGGAUCAUCCGCACUCUGGACCUGCCCAUCUACGUCACGCGGGUGAAGGGCAACAACGUGUACUGCCUGGACAGGGAGUGCCGCCCUCGGGUGCUCACCAUCGACCCCACGGAGUUCAAGUUCAAGCUGGCCCUGAUCAACAGAAAGUAUGACGAGGUGCUGCACAUGGUGAGGAACGCCAAGCUGGUCGGCCAGUCCAUCAUCGCCUACCUCCAGAAGAAGGGCUACCCUGAGGUGGCCUUGCAUUUCGUCAAGGACGAGAAAACCCGCUUUAGCCUGGCGCUGGAGUGUGGGAACAUUGAGAUUGCCCUGGAAGCGGCCAAAGCCCUGGACGACAAGAACUGCUGGGAGAAGCUGGGCGAGGUGGCCUUGCUGCAGGGGAACCACCAGAUUGUGGAAAUGUGCUACCAGCGCACCAAGAACUUCGACAAACUCUCUUUCUUGUACCUUAUCACCGGCAACCUAGAGAAACUUCGCAAGAUGAUGAAGAUUGCUGAGAUCCGAAAGGACAUGAGUGGCCAUUAUCAGAAUGCACUCUAUCUGGGUGACGUGUCUGAGCGGGUGCGGAUCCUGAAGAACUGUGGGCAGAAGUCCCUGGCCUACCUCACAGCUGCUACUCACGGCCUAGAUGAAGAAGCCGAGAGCCUGAAGGAGACCUUUGACCCAGAGAAGGAGACAAUCCCAGACAUUGACCCCAACGCCAAGCUGCUCCAGCCCCCUGCGCCUAUCAUGCCGCUGGACACCAACUGGCCCUUACUGACGGUGUCCAAGGGCUUCUUCGAAGGCUCCAUCGCCAGCAAGGGCAAGGGAGGAGCACUGGCCGCCGACAUUGACAUUGACACUGUUGGGACCGAGGGCUGGGGAGAGGAUGCGGAGCUGCAGCUGGAUGAAGAUGGGUUUGUGGAGGCUGCGGAAGGUCUGGGGGAAGACGCUCUCAGCAGGGGACAGGGAGAAGGAGGCGGCUGGGAUGUGGAAGAGGACCUGGAGCUCCCUCCUGAGCUGGAUAUACCCCCUGGGGCGGCUGGGGGUGCUGAGGACGGGUUCUUUGUGCCCCCCACCAAGGGGACCAGCCCCGCUCAGAUCUGGUGCAACAACUCCCAGCUUCCAGUGGAUCACAUCCUGGCAGGCUCUUUCGAAACAGCCAUGCGCCUCCUUCACGACCAGGUGGGGGUGACCCAGUUUGGCCCCUACAAGCAACUGUUCCUGCAGACCUACGCCCGAGGCCGCACCACCUACCAGGCGCUGCCCUGCCUGCCCUCCAUGUACGGCUACCCAAACCGCAAUUGGAAGGACGCAGGGCUGAGGAGCGGCGUGCCAGCCGUGGGCCUGAAGCUCAGCGACCUCAUUCAGCGGCUGCAGCUGUGCUACCAGCUCACCACAGUUGGCAAGUUUGAGGAGGCUGUGGAAAAGUUCCGCUCCAUUCUGCUCAGCGUGCCCCUCCUCGUUGUGGACAACAAGCAGGAGAUCGCAGAGGCCCAGCAGCUUAUCACCAUUUGCCGGGAGUACAUCGUGGGCUUGUCCAUGGAGAUAGAAAGGAAGAAGCUGCCCAAGGAGACUCUGGAGCAGCAGAAGCGCAUCUGCGAGAUGGCAGCCUACUUCACCCACUCCAACCUGCAGCCGGUGCACAUGAUCCUGGUACUGCGCACGGCCCUCAACCUCUUCUUCAAGCUCAAGAACUUCAAGACGGCGGCCACCUUCGCUCGGCGCCUGCUGGAGCUUGGGCCCAAGCCAGAGGUGGCUCAGCAGACCCGCAAAAUCCUGUCUGCGUGCGAGAAGAACCCCACAGACGCCUGCCAGCUCAGCUACGACAUGCACAACCCCUUCGACAUCUGCGCCGCCUCGUAUCGGCCCCUCUACCGCGGGAAGCCGGUGGAGAAGUGUCCGCUCAGCGGGGCCUGCUACUCCCCUGAGUUCAAGGGCCAGGUCUGCAGGGUCACCACGGUGACAGAGAUUGGCAAGGACGUGAUGGGUUUAAGGAUCAGCCCCCUGCAGUUCCGCUGAGGCCCCUCCUGUCCGCUGGGGAGCCCGUCUCCCUGGCCUAACUCCUGCCUCAGCCGCCCUCUGAAUUACUGACACUGAGCUCCCCUGCCCCGAAGCCUAGCGGCCCUUUCUCCUCUGCGGCCAAUCAGAUGCGACUCUCGCCACCUUCUCAAGGCGACUGCAGUGGUGGUGGUCGCCCUCCCGGCCUAGAUCGCUCAAGAUCGCUCAAGGACGGGUGGACUUCCGUGAUGAGCGUUCGCCCACUGCGCUCCUUCACUCGUCAUCUCUUCCCCCCACCGCCGUAGUGUCUCUGUUUUGGAAGGAAACAGGAUGCGAUAAAUCCUCGGCCCCAGCAAUCUCUUAGCCACCCCCCGUUUUCCGUGGGCGCGUAAGCUCCCAGGCAGGUGCCCUCUGUGUGCCCAGAAACUUGAAAGUCCCAGAAGAAACUGGUUUCCCAAGAAUGCACAUCACUUUUUAUUGAUUUAUUCUUUAUAGCCCUUGUUCUUGUGUUUUGUUUCUCACACUUAACAAAGUAAAUCCCUGUGAGAGCUUU